AUGGCCACCACCAUCCGCACGGCUGAUUUUGUCGAUUUCCACACCAUAGGCCGCCAGGCGGAGACGGAGCAAGAGCUUGUUGGUCACGAGUUUCUCACGCAUUGUCCCCUAGACCUCCCCCCGCGCCAUCGCGUCCUAGCACUACUUGGCACAACAGAUAUAGAAGAUGUCGCUAGCCCAAGUGAAGAUGGGUGGUUUAUUUCAGAUUUCUACCUAUUCCAUUAUCUCUUGUCCCCGACAUUCCCUCGACAUCCCGAAACCCUAGUCGCCGAGUACCAUGAAUACCUUCAUGGCGAUUCAAACGAGGAUCGUCGGGCGGUGCUUGAUAGCCAGAGGCUCCCAGGCAUAUUGAAGGCUGGAAAUUUACGGGUUGUGCCUAGAGACUUCCUUCUCGAACGAUACCUAAACACCCUCCAAGAGCAAGCUGCUGAAGCAGCCCGCCUCCGAGAGCAUCUUGUGCUAUUGAUAUUUGGUCAUGGAUCUUCAACACAUGACGUUGAGGUUGCAGGGUCGAUCCUUCGCCUAAGAGACUUGCGCCAGUGGCCCCUUAGCCGAAGUGUUGGACGGGCCAGCGGCAGCUUGGCCGCCUCCGCAGUACUACGCUGCCUGGUAGAUGCCGAGGAUGAAAUCAAUGAGAACAUGGACCACCCGACAUACAUACAGUUUGCGAAGUCUGUAUAUGACUGUGUGAAGGGGAUGGGGAUGCUUGGCGAUACGGAGCAGAUUCAUUUCUCUGCGGAAAACGAUGAAUGGGAGACCAGCUAUCAGACCCGCCUCGGUUUGCCUCUUAUUUCAUACAAGGAAAAAUGGCAGUCCCUGCGCCAAGUUCCCCCAUCCACAUGCCCGGCAAGUGGCCAGUUGGCUAGAGCUGGCGGACGACGUCUGAAACGUUUACAAUAUCUCGCCCAAGAAUACUUUGCCUCGCGACCCGGUCCCGACAAUGGCGGUCCGAACAUCGGGUUGCACAAUUGUCUGAACCAGGUUCUCAAGGGAGCAAGCUACCCCCAGGAAAAGGUGCAGCAAUUGACCGAGAUCACCGCGUACAGACUUGGAGCUAUGUAUGAGGCCGAUUACCUAAGAGAACAAAUCGGGCUCCAGUACCCGUCGCUUUUCGACACUGACCCAAAUCAGGAACUCUCAAAUUUGUCUGACAAUCAAAUGAGCAUGAAAACAUGGUCAUUGCUCCUCACGCACGACAUCAACACAACUCCUAUUGGGAUCAAGCGACCGCAUGUCAAGCCUCUGCAGUAUCUCACACUUGCUUUAGUGGAAACCUCUCAAUCCUGGGAAGCAAUCGAGAGACAGGUGAAGGCCAUGGCCGGCAAGAAAAAGGCGUGGUAUCGAUUCGUCUACAAGGCAUGGCAGGGGAAUCGAGUCGCCCGUGAUGAGGGGGUGAGGAGGCAUCAACGUGCUUUCUUAGAAGCAUUCAAGAAGAUCGGGCAUUAG